AGUUUGCCGCCACAAGAUUAACAGCGUUGCGGUGUACAAAUUGUAAUUUGUUGUUUAAAUUAUUCAAGCAAUAUAUUAAUUGCCAAUAAUGUUAGCAAAUCCUGCAUCUGGCAGCGUGCCCGACAAGGCGUGGCAGCCUCCUUUCGUGACGCUGGAAACAACUAUGGGCGAAAUUACUGUGGAGCUGUACUGGAAACACGCACCGAAUACUUGUUAUAACUUUGCGGAGCUGUCCCGACGCGGCUACUAUAACAACGUGGUGUUCCAUCGCAUUAUACGUGACUUCAUGAUACAAGGCGGUGAUCCCACAGGAACUGGCCGUGGUGGCACGUCUGUUUACGGCGGAGAGUUUGCGGACGAGCUGCACAGUGACCUAAAGCACACUGGUGCCGGUAUUCUGUCAAUGGCCAACUCUGGCCCAGACACCAACGGCUCACAGUUCUUUAUUACGCUGGCUCCCACUCAGUGGCUGGACAACAAGCACACCAUUUUUGGACGCGUGUACACUGGAAUGGAGGUAGUGAAGCGGAUUGGUAUGGUGGAAACGGAUAAGAAUGAUCGACCGGUCGACCCGUUACGAAUUAUUAAAGCCAAAGUAGAGAAACUGUAAACACAAUAGCAAAUUUUUAAUAAAUAUUUAAUAAGGACAUUAAAAUAAC